GUCGGCCCGGCCGGGGGAGGGGUCGCGGCAGCGGCGGCGUCAGCGACACCGAGGCGGUAGGAGCUUCAGGCUCCGGAGCAAGAUGGCGGCGCGGGUGCUGCUCGCGCGAGGAGGCCUGCUGCGGCCAGCCGCCCCCGGCAGCUUCCUGCCCGGGCUCCGGAGAGUGACGUCCUCGGGUCACCGAGCUCGGGAAGACAGCUGGCUAAAGUCCUUAUUUGUCAGAAAGGUCGAUCCGAGAAAAGACGCCCACUCCAACCUCCUAGCCAAAAAGGAGACAAGCAGUCUGUACAAGUUACAGUUUCACAACGUUAAGCCGGAAUGCCUAGAUGCUUACAACAAAAUUUGUCAAGAAGUGUUACCAAAGAUCCAUGAAGACAAGCAGUACCCUUGCACCUUGGUGGGCACGUGGAACACGUGGUACGGCGAGCAGGAUCAAGCCGUCCACCUCUGGAGGUAUGAGGGAGGCUAUCCAGCCCUCACGGAGGUCAUGAAUAAACUCAGAGAAAACCAGGAAUUUGUAAGUUUCCGUAAGGCCAGAAGCGACAUGCUUCUCUCCAGGAAGAAUCAGCUGCUGUUGGAGUUCAGUUUCUGGAAUGAGCCGGUGCCGAGAUCAGGCCCCAAUAUAUACGAACUCAGGUCCUACCAACUCCGACCAGGAACGAUGAUCGAAUGGGGCAAUUACUGGGCCCGUGCCAUCCGCUUUAGACAAGACAGUAAUGAGGCAGUCGGGGGAUUCUUCUCUCAAAUUGGGCAGCUAUAUAUGGUGCAUCAUCUUUGGGCUUAUAAAGAUCUUCAGACCAGGGAGGACAUACGGAACGCAGCCUGGCACAAACAUGGCUGGGAGGAACUUGUGUACUAUACGGUUUCCCAUCAACUCUCAGUCUCUCUAACAUCCUAGUUGGUGGAGCGGUGAUUUCUGGCUCGUCCCACUCAUCCAGGAAAUGGAGUCCAGGAUCAUGAUCCCGCUCAAGACCUCCCCGCUCCAGUGACGCUUCCGUGUGCCUACGCAGAUUCCCGUGAUGAAUGUGUGUCAUGAUUUCAUCUCACCCAGUCAUCGAGUGGAAAGCAAGCCGAGGUGUAAACUGCUGUACAUAGCUUGUAAGAUGUCUUUUCUUUAAAAUUUAAUAAUCAUGCAAUGGAAACUCAGGAGGGUUGGACUCACAGAAGCGGCGCCGUCUCUGCUCACCAAACGCUCCUUAGCCUCCGGCCCUUCAGGAAAACAGGAUCUUUUGAGGCCGGGUGUGGUAGUUUAGCACUCAGGGAGCAGAGGCAGGAGAAUUACAGUAAGUCCUAGGCCAAUCUGGCCUACUUACAGAGUUUCAGACCAGCUUGGACCUUGUGAGACCCUGUCUGAAUAACCAAAAUUAAAGUCCGAAUUCUCUCAGAGUAAAAUCCCAGCUAUGAAAAGGAAUCAGCUAUUAUCUCUUGCUAUUAAAAAAAAAAAAUCUGUUUCACGAUUACAGAUUUUUACAAAUUUCCUUCCUUCAGGAAGAAAUACAAAUGAAAUCAUGUUUCCUGAGCAAUUUUUCUUGAGUCUCAAACGAGGAACAAAUUCUGGGUGUACCCAAUGGCUGCGAAUGCUAUGAUUUUGUGAUUUUUUUUUUUUUUUUUUUUUUUUUUUUUGGUCAGUGGGUCAGCAGGCCGGAAGGGUGGCCACCGUGCACCUAGCCAGCCAUGCAGCCUCCCUCCACCAGGCACUGCGUGCCAAGAGGUUGGCAUGAAGCCCUGCGCCACAUGUGAUUUUGAAUAAACACCUCAACUAGCACUAAUUUUAUUUGCAAUAUUUUUCUAUAAAACACGUAGCUCUUGGAAAAGAGGUUUUAUUUUCCAAGCCACCGUUUCUGACCUCCAACCUCUGGUUCUAUUUUGGUAAGCUCCCAGCAGACACUUCCAAGAUCUCGUACCAAGGGCAGUGCACACUGGGUCUAAGUUGGCAUAAAGCUUCAUAUUCUGUCCGUCUCUGUUUGGUUUUGUUUUUUAAUAGAGCGUGCCAAUUUUGUGACUGUAAUCAUGUGAAAGCCCCACUGAACCGAAGAAUUGUGUCUGCCCUACAAAUUGAUCUGUGUAAAAUAAAAUAUAACUAAAUCUCCUAUCAGAUGUCUAAUUUUUACAGGCAAAUGGUUUUCUCCAAGAACAUAUUAAAUAAAAUCCUCUUAAUUUUCA